UGAAAAAAGGCAAUCAGAAAUUUCGCAGAUGGCUUAAACGAAGCUUCUUGGUAGUCUCUUAUCUCUUUCCCGGCAAUUCCAACUUAUUUGUUUUCCCGCUUUUCUAUCCUUUUUAUUCGCUGCCGGAAUCUUUCCCAUGUUUGCUAAAGUCGACGAUAGUUUGAUUGAGGAAACUUUGCAACUUGCGAGGUGCUGAAUGAAGUGGCAUUUAUUUAUUGGCAGAAAUUAGGAAAAGUUAGGGGAAGAUGCAGACAGGGUAUGUGGAAAGAGCGAAUAGAAUGGCGGCGAGGGAGAAGCGUGGUUUGGAUUCGAAUAGUAGCCAGGAAGGUCAGCCUGAGAGGAAACGCCCUGCUCUUGCCAGUGUUAUUGUCGAGGCUUUGAAGGUGGACAACCUGCAGAAAAUGUGCUCUUCACUGGAACCAAUUCUUCGGCGAGUUGUAAGUGAGGAAGUGGAGCGUGCCUUGGCAAAAUUGGGAUCUGCAAGAUCAAAUGACAGGAUAUCCCCACAAAGAAUUGAAGGUCCUGAUGGGAGAAAUUUGCAGCUACAUUUCAGAUCCAAGCUGUCUCUACCUCUUUUUACUGGAGGAAAGCUAGAGGGAGAUCAGGGUGCGCCAAUCCACAUUGCGCUGCUUGAUGCAAACACAGGCCAAGUUGUAACAUCAGGACCUGAAUCCUCAGUAAAAUUAGAUGUUGUUGUGCUUGAAGGUGAUUUCAACAACGAGGAUCGUGAUGGCUGGAGUCAAGAAGAGUUCGAGUCAAAUAUAGUGAGAGAGAGAGAAGGGAAAAGGCCACUUCUUGCUGGGGACUUGCAGGUUGCUUUAAAUGGAGGUGUUGGAACUUUAGGAGAGCUGAUGUUCACUGACAACUCUAGUUGGAUUAGGAGUCGAAAGUUCAGACUUGGCCUGAAAGUGUCAAGUAAUUAUGAACGUUCUAGAAUUCGUGAAGCAAAAACAGAAGCCUUCACAGUCAGGGAUCACAGAGGAGAAUUAUAUAAGAAGCAUUACCCCCCUGCACUUGACGAUGAAGUUUGGAGGUUAGAAAAGAUUGGGAAAGACGGUUCAUUUCAUAAGCGGCUUAAUCAAGCUGGAAUAAAUACCGUAGAAGACUUCUUGCGAUAUGUUAUUAGAGAUCCACAAGAACUUAGAAAGAUACUGGGAAGUGGAAUGUCGAAUAAGAUGUGGGACAUUCUCGUAGAGCACUCCAAGACUUGUGCAUUGGGUGGGAAUGUAUAUGUCUACUAUCCCGAUGAGCCGAGUAAUGUGGGGGUUGUAUUUAACAGAAUCUGUCAAUUGAGCGGCUUGAUUAUGGAUGGACAGUAUCACGCAGUGGAUUCAAUUUCUGAGAGCCAGAAGGUCUAUGUGGACACAUUGGUAAAGAAGGCUUAUGACAACUGGACUCAUGUGAUAGAAUAUGAUGGCAGAUCACUGAUGGGCUUUGAUCAAAACAAAACCACAGAGACACAAGAUCAGCUAGUUUCUCUUGAUCAACUCAGUUUAUCUAGCUUCCCUAUUACAAUGCCAAAUCAUCCUCCUAUGAACCAAGGUUUUAACAUUGGAGGUUACAAUGACAAUAUUGGAGGUGAAUAUCCCACACAAUGUCAGGACAUGAAUCUAAGUGUUGCUAUAGGAUUGAACGACUACGAUCCAACUCCCCCACAGGAUCAGCUCAUCCAUCAUGAACGACAACCUCUACCAUCCGAAAGUGAAAACUUGCUAGCUCUCGGUCGUCCAGUCUCAGCCAUGUCCGGCUUCCACAUUGGCAGCGCAUCUAACCUUGCGCCAUAUAGGGCGUAUGAACACAUUCCUGAGGAUGAAAUUCGUGUAAGAAGUCAUGAGAUGCUUGAAACUGAAGAUAUGCAGCAUCUGUUACGUAUGUUUAGUAUGGGACGCUAUGGCCAGUCUUCAUUUAAUGAUAAUGGGAGUAACUAUGCCUACUCGGUAUGCACCCCUACGAUGCAUACCAACUUUGGACUCGAAGAUGACCACACACGUCCUUCUGCGAAAGCUGUCGUCGGGUGGCUCAAACUGAAAGCAGCUCUCAGGUGGGGUAUUUUCAUCAGGAAACAAGCUGCGGAGAGGAGAGCACAAAUUGUAGAACUGGAUGACUUCUAGGUAUGAUGCACCUUUUUAAUCUUUUUCCAUGAUGCACCACAGCAAAAUACAGUGUAUCAUAUAUUAUGUGUGUGUGUAUGUGUAUAUAAAUAUAUAAGUUAAAGGUUAAUGGAAUUCUCUACAUAAUUUUUUAUGAAUUCUUACAGAAAUAUAUAGUUAUGGAAUGAUCAAUUCCUAUGGAAAAUCAAUGUAUCCUGGUUAGGAGAUUAUUAUGUAUAAAUAGGGGUGCCUUACUUACUGGCAUAGAUACUACAGCAAGGAAUUCAUGUAGAGAGAGUUUUCUUUGUGUGUUAUUGUCUGUUUGUUUUAAAUUGCAGUCGGAACAAUUGAGCAACA